AUGCAUCAAACCACUGAAGUAUAUCAUCCGAUUGACCCACCAGUGCACCUAGACAUCCUGUCAUCCAAGCCUCUGGACCCUUCACACCCUCAACCCACGCUCGUUUACUUCCAUGGCGGCGGACUCACCGCAGGCUCGCGGCACGUACAAGCCCAGGCUCUGCUACCACAACUACUGCUCGCGGAAGGCUGGGCGAUAGUGUGCCCCGACUACCGUCUUCUUCCGGAGUCAGGCAUUCCCGAAAUCCUACAAGACCUGCACGAACUCGAGAAAUGGCUGCUGCAAUGCAAGGCCGGCAUCGAUGUAAGCCGGCUCGUCAUGGCAGGAUCCAGUGCGGGGGCCUUUGUUUCCCUGCUCGCCCUCACGUCCUGGCAAAGCGUUAAGCCGCGGGCGUUUUAUUCGCAGUACGGCAUGGUCGAUACGGCCGGGGAGUGGUAUCGUCGGCGGAAGGAUGAUACGACUGUCUUCGGGAAUAUCCCGGCCAGCGCGCUGGUCGAGGACAUGUUUACCCAGUACUUCCAGCCCGGACGGCUGCAGAUUACUGCUGAUGCCUUGGCUGUGUUGGUGCCAGAUAGUCGGUUGGGGCCAUUUAUCAGCAAGUCUAUGAAAGCUGCCACAGGUGUUGAAGGCCCUCUGGAUCUAAUUGGGGCAUCUUUUCCUCCAACGAUUAUUAUACACGGCACUGGUGAUUCAAUCGUACCCUUGAGUGACUCUCGAGCGUUGCAAGCCACGCUCCAGCGGGUAAAUGUGCAAGUGCGCCUAAUUGAGGCCGAGGGGGCCGAGCAUGGAUUGGCUCCGCAAGAGAAUUAUCGGGAUGCCUUAACGGAGGCUGCGUGUUUUCUCAAAGAGCACGCUGCCAUUUGA